CUGCCCUGGCCAUCGCGCUGACGUGCACGUGUUGAUGGUGGUGCGGGCCACGCAUGUACUUCCGGCCGACGCAGCUGCGGCACUCACUGACUUCUCGUCGCAUGCAAUCAUUUUGCCCCGAGGCCACGCCAGAGCCCGUAGGGCUGCGGGGCGCAGUGGCGGAGCCCGCGAGGCCGCGCCAUGCCGUUGCCGCUGCGGGUGGCCGUGGUGUGCUCCAGCAACCAGAACCGGAGCAUGGAGGCGCACAGCAUCCUCAGCAAACGCGGCUUCAGCGUGCGCUCCUUCGGCACCGGCACCCACGUGAAGCUGCCCGGGGCCGCGCCCGACAAGCCCAACGUCUACGACUUCAGAACCACCUACGACCAGAUGUACCACGACCUCCUGAGGAAGGACAAGGAGCUCUACACCCAGAACGGCCUCUUACACAUGCUGGACAGAAACAAGAGGAUCAAGGCCGCGCCGGAGAGGUUCCAGAGCUGCAGGGACGUGUUCGACCUGAUCGUCACGUGCGAGGAGCGAGUCUACGACCAGGUGGUGGAGGAGCUGAGCUCGCGAGAGCAGGAGACCUGCCAGCCGGUGCACGUGGUCAACGCCGAGGACAUGGAGAACGAGAUCUCCGAGCUGCUGCAGGACUUCGAGGAGAAGAGCGGCAGGACCUUCCUGCACACGGUCUGCUUCUACUGAGCGCCCAGGCCCCCGGCCGUCGCCACCCACAGCCUCUUCCCCAGCUCCCUUUAGUGCACACUUCUGCCUUCCUGGUGCUCGUUUUCACUUGUAGGUUUUCUGCUGGUGGACCGUAAUACCACCCAAAUCAACUGGACGUCUGGAAUGAGAAGAUAUACAUACAUGCCAGA